GUUUCUCAUAUAUGCGGAUGAAGUAUCUUUUCAUCUCUUGGUUAGUAGUAUUUGUUGGCAGCUGGGUUACAUAUGUUCAGUACUCCACCUACACAGAACUAUGCAGAGGACAUGACUGUAGGAAAAUAAUAUGUGAUAAAUACAAGACUGGAGUUAUUGAUGGGUCAGCAUGCAGCAGUCUUUGUGCUAAAGAAACACUGUAUUUUGGAAAAUGUUUGUCAACAAAGCCCAAUAACCAGAUGUAUUUAGGAAUCUGGGGAAAUCUGCAAGGUGUUAUAAAAUGCCAGAUGGAAGAAGCUGCUCAGCUUGAUCUUGGUACUGACCCAGAACCAAGGAAGGAAAUAGUCCUAUUUGAUAAACCAACAAGAGGAACCACUGUUGAGAAAUUCAAAGAAAUGGUAUAUAGUCUUUUUAAGGCCAAAUUGGGUGAACAAGGAAAUCUUUCAGAACUGGUUAAUCUCAUCCUCUCUUUUGCUGAUGGAAACAAAGAUGGUAGAGUUUCUUUGCCAGAGGCGAAAUCUGCAUGGGCACUGCUGCAGCUAGAUGAGUUUCUAUUAAUGGUGAUCUUGCAGGAUAAAGAACAUACUCCCAAGUUGAUGGGGUUUUGUGGGAAUCUCUAUGUGACCGAAAGAGUUGAAUAUACCUCUCUCUAUGGAAUCAGCCUUCCGUGGAUUAUAGAACUUUUCAUUCCUUCUGGCUUCAGAAGAAGCAUGGACCAGUGGUUUACUCCAUCAUGGCCAAGAAAGGCAAAAAUAGCCAUAGGGCUUUUAGAAUUUGUGGAAGAUAUUUUUCAUGGACCUUAUGGAAACUUUCUUAUGUGCGAUACAAGUGCCAAAAACUUGGGAUAUAAUGAUAAAUACGAUUUGAAAAUGAUAGACAUGAGGAAAAUUGUGCCAGAAAUGAACCUGAAGGAAAUAAUUAAAGAUCGCCAGUGUGAAUCAGACUUAGACUGUAUUUAUGGUACAGACUGUAGAACUCUAUGUGACCAAAGCAAAAUGAGAUGUACCACAGAAGUAAUUCAGCCAAACUUGGCAAAAGCCUGCCAGCUACUUAAAGACUAUCUGCUUCGUGGUGCUCCUUCUGAUAUCCAUGAAGAACUAGAAAAACAAUUGUACUUGUGUAUUGCCCUGAAAGUCACAGCAAAUCAGAUGGAGAUGGAGCAUUCCUUAAUACUCAAUAACUUAAAAACUUUACUGUGGAAGAAAAUUUCCCAUACAAAUGAUUCUUAGCUUCUCUACCAGCAGAAGAGAAUCGAUGCCUGCCACUAGAGUGGCCUCUACCCAUUUGGUAAAAACUCAGCAUUUUUAAAAGAUGGUUCUUUAUUCAGAUUUCAUUAAAGGCUCUUUAAUUCUUGCCC